AGCGGUAACUAACCAACAAACUUGACUAACCCAAAGUCCGAACGACGUCAACGUCAGCGGCAGCGGGUUCGCUGUGUAUUUAUUGCUAUUUUUAGUGACAAUAGUUUUUUCUUUCUUUCUUUUUAUUCACGAUUGACGCAGGAACGAAGACAGUUCGUUCUUGGUGUUUCGUUCACCAGCCUCCUGUCGCUUUUUUCAGACGUCUUGUGUUUUUUGAUAUAACAAUUAUAUUAUUAUUAUUAUUAUUGUUCACUAUUCACGUUGUGUUUGUUGUUAUUGUCGUGUUUUGAUUUCUCUUCAAUGCUUUCCUCAUAUGUUUAUACACGCUUUGCGCGUGUAUGUGUGCGUGCGUGUGUGGUUUAAUUGUGUCUGCCUUGAAAUUGUUUCGAUAUCUGUUCAACCUGGCUUGGCGUGCAUGCAUUUCAUGCUCAAACAGUGCCCAGCUGCAUUCACGACCGUUGCGCAUAUGCUGCGACAGUGUUAACACGUUUUACACACGAAAAAAAAAGAAAAAAGGAAAAUAAUUGAUGGAAUAUCAGUACGACGCUUGCCCUUUUGUUGCAUUCAACUGGUUGCGUGGUGCUGCCGGACUGGUGAAAGAUGGCCAAUGUGGCCAGGGCUGAGCAAGCACAAUUUACAAUUAUCGAUAAGCGUCUUAUCGACUUCGAUAUACAUACGUUGUUGACCAGUUGGCAAACAUAAACAGCUGAUCAAUGCAAAUUAAAAACAAAUAAAUUAUUUCGUUAAAUACGUAUAUUUGUGUUGACACAAUUACAUAGCAUAAUUUCAUCCGAUUUUUGUCUGGUCACAUCGCCAUAUUUGUCCAUUUGAUUGCAAAUCGUAAAUUGAGAGGGCGAGUGGCACACAGCAACCACAAAACACACAAAAAACGGAUAAGAUUAUUCAAAGCGGCGAUAACUUGACUGAUAAAUCAUUUGUAAUUCUGGAACAAAGCAAAAAAGAGACUGAAACUGGGACUUUAGCCAUUGCCGUCGCUCCACUUAAUAUGCAUUCGCAUUAAACGUAAACGUGAACCCAAUCUAGUCAAAUUCAAACCCUCAAACGAUGUGCGUCAUAUUCUUCUAUGUAAACUCAGAGCCAAAGCCAACGGGCUACAAACUGAUCCUGGCGUCCAAUCGGGAUGAGUUCUUUGCCCGCGACACACAAACAGCCGCCAAAUGGUCAAAUGCCCAGCACUGCUACGGAGGCAUUGAUUUGGAGCCGGGACGCGAAGGUGGCACAUGGCUGGCCAUUGGCAGCGAAGGGGGCAUCUUCAAAGUAGGCGCAUUGCUCAAUCUGACGGGGGAGCCAAAGCCACGCGAUGCAGUCGGACGCGGCAUGAUCGUGGCGGACUAUGUGCGUCAAUCGGCUGGGCAAUACGAUAUUAACAAUUAUAAUCAGCAUCUGUUGGCCGACUGCAACAAAUACAGUGCCUUCAAUUUUGUUUCCAUUGAGAUUGGCGACUCCACGAAGCCGGCGCAAAUCAAACUGUUGAGCAAUGUGCCACCGACGUUGGCGUCCUUUCAGCAGGGACAAUGCUAUGGAUUUGGCAACAGCCUGCCCGACAGUCCCUUCGAGAAGGUGCGCCAUGGCCAGACGCAAUUCGAACAGAUUGUGAGCCAACAUGGCCAUUCGGAUGUGGCCACACUGAGUGCUGAGCUGCUGCAGCUGCUCAAGAACAAGCACAAGUUCUGGCCAGAUGGGGAGCUGAAGCGACGUGCCCCAAGCUGGGGCCAGGGCCUUAGCGCCUUAAACGUGCACAUCGAGGAGCACGGAUAUGGCAGCCGUACCCAUUCCCUCAUUCUGGUCGAUGCCAAUAACAAACUGCACUUCAUUGAGGAGACCAUGUUGGGAUUGGAUCCCAACGGUGAAUGGGAGCGCACGCAUAUUGAAAAACAAUGCGAGAGCACUUAAACAAUUGGCAGAACUCAACCAAAACUUAUAUCUAACUAAGUGUUAUAAUACACAUUUAAGUUGAUUAACCUUAAUCAAUAAUGACUUUUAAAGAUAAUUAGCUUCAGAACAAAGAGAUUCCAACGAAAUUUUAAUGCAAAAUUCAAAAUUGUAAUCACAAAAUUGGAAGACUACAAUUCUGUUAUCCCUCAAACCUCAAGCUACCGUUUAGCUCGACACACACACACAUAUAUAUAUAUAUAUGGGCUUAUAUAGCGAAUUUUCCUAAUGCAACUAUAGGGCAUUGACUGUGCCAAGACUUAAGAAUACUAAAUACCUGAUAUAAAUAUAUUAGCUUCAUCUAAAUAAAAUACGUAUGUAAAUAGAAUGACGAACCAGGUCAAAUAAACACAUAAGCCCACUACAAAUAUAUGCAUUUAUUCUGAUUAAUAAAGGUAAAUUACUUUGGAUAUAUG